CUUUCAUCUCUGUAUUCCCUAAAAGGAUUUUUUGAUCUUCCUUUUUAUCGUGAUAUUUUAUACAAUGUCGCGACCGACCGACAACAGUGAGGAAGAGGAGGAACAAGAUAGCAAUAAAUUUAAUGCCGUAAACGACCACCACUAUCAAGAAGAACAACAUGAUGAACGAAGUCCACUUUUACCAACAACAGCGUCUUCACGUCCCACAUCUACUACAACCAAUCGCGAUGCCAAAUCGGAAGUCAUUGGUUUAACAUUAAUGGCACUCUGCGCAUUGGCAUUCUCAUCCAUGACCCUUUUCGUAAAGCUUAGUGGUGCCUCAUUCCCAUCGUUUGAAAUCGUGCUUUUCCGUUCUGUGGUCCAAACAGCGUUAGGCCUUGCUGGCUGUGCCUACAUCGGCAUCAAUCCAUUUGGAAACCGCCGUAUACGUCCCUGGCUCGUGUUUCGUGGAGUCAUUGGUGGACUUGCCUUGGCUGUAAACUUCUACAGCGUGACGCACUUGCCACUUGCAGACGCAACAGUCAUCAUGUACCUCAACCCAGCAUUUACAGCUAUUCUCGCUGCUUUGGUACUGGGUGAACCAUUUCGCUGGUUCGAGGGCAUCUGCGUUACGCUAUGCCUAACUGGUGCCGUGUUUGUAUCAAAGCCCGAGUUUUUGUUCGGAAACGGUUCUGCCUCAGAUCACGGCCAGGGUAAUGAGGAACGAACAUUGGCUGUGCUUGCGGCAGUAACAGGGGCCAUCCUGACCGCUGUAGCAUAUUGUACUAUCCGAAAAGUUGGAAAAGCUGCCCAUUUCUUGGUUCACACGUUCUAUUUUGGUGUUGUCGCAAGCUUGAUGAGUAUCCCCGCUUUGCGUACAGUCCAAUCGCCUGUUUUACCAGAAGGCUGGCGUCAAUAUGCCAUGCUUUUGAUGACCGGUAUCAGUGCGUUCAUCGGUCAAUGUUUACUCAGUAAAGGGUUACAAAUGGCUCCUGCAGGUCCUGCUUCUGUAAUGCGCAUGAACGAAAUUGUAUUGGCUUUCUUAUUUGGUAUAUGUAUAUUUAGCGAGUAUCCAGACUGGAUGAGCGUGUUGGGUGCAACUAUUAUUAUCUCCACUACGACAGCGCUCGGAUCCCGCAAAUGGCGAAAUGCCAACAAUAACCCUCCUCGAGGAAAUAGCAGAUAGAAAUCAAUCGCUCUACUGCCAUAUCGGUCUAUAAAAUUGAUCUGUUCACAAAAAAAAUGGAUUACGGUUUUUUUUAAAAAAGGCGUCUUUUAUUAAAAUCUUAUAUCGCUACAACGCCUAUCUCAUAUUUACCAGAAUAUUAGCUUCAUCAUCCUCACUGCUAUCAUUGCUUUUCCACCGCACCGUCUUUGAUAUCUUUUUUUGUCAGUAUCAAUGAUGAAUUCAUUCAGCUUUUGUUUCUAUCACGAAG